AUGUUCGACCUUUAUCAUAAGUUGAAAUCCUGGACCUUCCCCGCUUCACCUCCGGCUCUUGCCUCCAUGAAGCUUGGUCCAGAUGGAAAUGAAGAUAAUCCCUCUAUGAUUCAGUUUUUCACUUGGGACUCUAAAAUGGACGACGGAACCAGUUGGUGGCGGCAUUUAGAAAAUGAAAUACCCGAGUUAGCAAGGGCGGGAAUUACACAAGUUUGGAUUCCACCUCCCACAAAGGCCAUGGAGCAAGACGGACGUGGCUACGAUGCCUACGACUUAUGGGAUCUAGGGGAGUUUGACCAGAAAGAGCAGAUAGGCACUCGCUGGGGGACGAAGGCAGAACUCCUCCGGACAUCCACUGUUGGAAAGAAACACGGCGUGGAUAUUCUGAUAGAUGCAGUACUAAACCACAAGAUGGGUGGUGACCGAAAGGAGGCAUUUACCGCGGUACCUGUAAAUCCGAAUAACAGGCUCAAAGCUAUCGGAAAGCCUAGAGAAAUCGAGGUAUUUACAGUCAUUUCUUGUGCAAACUCGCACGUAUGCAUCUCGAGUCGUCAGGGUUGGACUGCCUUUGACUUUCCUGGAAGAGGAGACGAACAAACUGCGUUGGAGCCAGGAACAUUUCUCUGGUGUGUAGGACGCCGAUUACAUGCUCUCGGUUCACAAAAUGCGGUUGGGGAAGGACAUAACGGAUGGUCUAAAAAUGUCGACCAAGAACUUGGAAAUUAUGACUAUUUGCUUGGAAUUGACAUAAAUCAUCAAAAUCCCGAAGUGCGUGAAGAUCUGCUACGCUGGGGUCAUUGGGUCAUUGAGACCACCGGUGCAACCGGUUUUCGCUUGGAUGCGAUCAAACACAUCGACUGGGUUUUCCUCCUCGACUUCCUCCGUUCCACAAAGAAGGCGACAGACCCGAGGUUAUUUGUGGUCUGUGAGUUUGGUUGA